UCAGCUGUUUGUUGUUAUUUGCUGCAAAAAGAACUUCUGUAGAGUGCAAUGAAUUGAACCGGUUGAAUCAAUCAAUGAAUUUAUGAAUAAAAACGAGUAAUGAGACGUAAAAAUAUUCAAUGAAGUUGAUUUAAAGAUUAAUUAGAACAAAACAAGUAAAGUGUGCUGCAUUUAAAUAAUAACCUUUUGAUUACUAAAAAUGUGGAUAAUCAACGCAAUUGUAGUGCAUUUACUAUUACUUGGCUCCAUAUUUGUCAUAUAUUUCCGUUCACCAAUCAUAGCUGGUUUGCAGCCACAAGAGCCGUUGCAAUUGGAAGCGCCUGCCAAGCGAUUAGUGCUAAUUGUGACUGAUGGAUUGCGUGCAGAAUCGUUCUUUCGCAAUGGCUGUGCAGAUAUACCAAAUUUAAGUGAAUUAAUGCUAAAGACAAAUGGUUUGGUUGGCAUUUCACAUACGCGUGUACCCACCGAAUCACGUCCAGGUCACAUAGCGCUCAUCGCUGGUCUAUAUGAAGAUCCAUCGGCUGUAACACGCGGUUGGAAGCGCAAUCCUGUCGAUUUUGACACCGUCUUCAAUCGCAGUAGCCACACAUACGCUUGGGGCGCUGCAGAUGUGCUGCAUAUAUUUUCACGUAUGGGUGGCGUACAGAGUGAGCAGCGAUUACUUAUUGACUCAUAUGACCACGAAUUAGACUUCUCUGGACGUGAUAAAACUUAUGAAUUAGAUGAUUGGGUGUUUAAACGUGUACGCCAGUUGCUUGCGCGCAAACGUGUGGAGCUGCGUGAGGAGAAACAAAUAAUUUUCUUUUUACAUCUGCUGGGCUUAGAUACUGCUGGACAUGUGCAUAAGCCUGGCACACAAAAUUUCUUAGAAAAUCUGCAUCGCACUGAACGCGGUAUAGUGGAGUUAUAUGAUGAAAUUGAGGGUGUGUUCCCAGAUGGGCGCACUGCAUAUGUGUUAACCUCCGAUCAUGGCAUGACAAAUGCGGGUUCUCAUGGUUCCAGUGACGCUUUUGAAACUGAAACACCUUUCUUCCUUUGGGGUGCAGGUGUGGCUAACAAUGUUGAUUCUGAAAAUGUAUUUAAAAUUGGCUAUGACAUAACACGGCCACUCUAUGCCAUGCAACAAGCACAAAUAGCGCCAAUUAUGUCAGCUUUAAUAGGUAUCGCGCCACCAAUGAAUAACAUUGGUGUGCUGCCGCUGCAAUACUUAAAUGCUUCAACGGAAUAUAAAGCGCACGCGGCACACAGUAAUGCACUACAGCUUUUAUCGCAAUUUCAAGCGCUUUUGUCAACACAUCAACGUGGACUCUUCUCCAGUUAUCUAUUAAGUUACAGUGAGCUCAAUGAAUCAAUUAUUGCACAAUAUUUGGAGCGUACAGAGAAGAAUAUGCAAAAUGGUCUAUACGAGGAUGCCAUUGAGGGCAGUUAUAAUGUAAUGCAACUUGCCUUAAAAGGUAUUGAAUAUUAUCAAGGUUAUUAUCGGCGCCCCCUGCAGCUUAGCACCACUGCUACCUUCAUCUGUUGGAUAAUUUACUGUCUGCAAUUGCUGCUGGGGCAGCGGCAAGUGUUGAAACAUUUUAGUGCUCGUUUAACAGUCACAUUAAAACAAAAGGUGUGCUUACUAAUAGUUUGUGUGUUGUUGCUAUUGCAGCGUGUGCCGCUAGUGAUAGCGUUUUAUCUGAUAUUACCCUUCUUAGUUUGGUUGUUGUUGGUGCAGAAGCAGCGCAUCUCUUUGGUGCCGCUCAUACGCGCCAUGCCGCUAGUACAAUUGCUAGCAUUAGUUUUGUGUGCCGAAUUAUUCGUCUACAGUUUCUUUGAGCGUAAACUUAUUUCAUUAAGUUUUCUCGUUUACACAUUAUUCAUUAAUUUACGCGCUUUUCCCACUAAAAAUGCCAAAUUUUAUAUUUGGCUGGUAUUAAGCAUAGUUUUGACCACAUUCCCACUACUCCCGCCAACUGUUGGCUAUACGAACACUUGGUUGCUGUUGCUCGGCAUGUUUGUUACGUUGCUGCGCCCAUUUGUUGUAAAAACACACAUACACUGGCAUAUAACAGUGCCCGCAGUAAUAAGCUUAAUCAACGCUUUGCUUGUCAGUUACUGGCAUGCGCAACAAGGCGGUGUACCCUACAUAUCGCAUGCGGUCUCCUGGUGCUUCUUGCUGUAUAUUUUUGCUUUAAUAGUGUUUCGCAGAACAGCUGUUUUAAAGCAACGCAUUGAGUUGUUGUUCUUCUUAUUAACUUCACUCUACACUUUACUCUGCACCUCAUAUGAGUCGCUCUUCAUUGUAAUGCUUUCUUCCGAGCUAAUGCUCACGCUCUCAGCGCAAUCAAUGCCAUUGCCUUUGUCGCACAGUCUAAUUGAUGACGCCUACACGCAACGUAAGAAAGCUGCUUCGCCACAACAGCCACUAGCAGUCAACUCACCACAGCAGCUGCAAGCAGCGCUCAAGUUGUCCUUCACCAUUUUACUCUACACACUCUUCUCCUUCUUUGGCACCGGCAAUAUCGCUUCGGUCAGCUCCUUCGAUCCCAAUAUUGUACGCUGUUUUCUGAGCACUUUCGCGCCGUUCAUCAUUAUGUCGCUGGUCAUAUUGAAAUUAAUCAUUCCAGUUGUUUUAAAUAUCACCAUUAUUUAUGGCAUGUCAUCGUUUGCGCGCACCAACGAGCAGGCAAUCUUCAUUUGUUUAAUGCUAAUCUGUGAUGUGAUGGGCUUGAAUUUCCUGUUUUUGGUUAGAAAUGAAGGUUCGUGGCUGGAAAUUGGUACAUCGAUUUCGCACUUUGUCAUUAUGGAGGUGACCACAGUGGUGUUGGUGAUCUUCACAUAUUUUGCUAAAUUGUUGUUGCGUCUGAAUGAAAAGCUGCAGAAUGUGGAGUAGACGAAAAUUCAAGUAGUAUUAUUUAUAUAAAAAAUAAAUAUAUAAUUUUUGUAUUAUAGAAUGUUAUUUAUUUUUUUAAAUACAAAUUUUUGAUAGUAAAUUUUUUAUUAAUGUAAAUAAAUUAAAU